CAGGUCUGCAUUAAACUAUUCUAACAGUAUGUAUUCAUAAUGUACAUAUUCACAUGUAGCUACAGGUCUGCAUAGACGAAAGUUUUGGCUUUAAGAAGUCAGACAAAACAUAUUUCCUCAUCUUUAAAUGAAUAAACAAUGUAGUGAAUAUUUUUUCUAUACUGCGUUACCCAUUCCAGUCAGCUGACGGCGAUAUGCGUCUUCAGAUGGUGACGUCAUAUCUAGUGGACUAAUCGACACCGGAUGCUGUUUCAACAACACGGAUACUGACUCAUUCAACCACCUCCGUAGCCUGGUAGCCAACAUACAAACGAAAAAAAGCUCUUUGGACCAUUUUUGUGUAUGUUGAUCUCGGUGUUUUUAACACAAUCCUCUUUACGUAUCUACUAUUUAACUUAAAGUAAUUUGCAUGUUAAAUGUACAAAUGUGUUGAUUAUACUAAGUCUAGCACUAAGCUUAUCGCUAAUGCUAGCUAGCCCGACCAUGAGGGCACUAAGCUACUCUGCUCCUGAUAAAGAAGAGGUCGGCUGGACGGAGAAAGAAGCUCUGGGGCUGAACAUUGUCAUGAAAGAAGAAGAGGAGGGGGAUGUUACAGUAAAAGGAGAGGAAGAAGCUUUCAGAAUGAAAGAGGAAGAAGAAGAGGCUAUCAGUAUCACAUUGAAAGAAGAGGAUGUUACAAUGAAAGAAGAGAGAGAACAUUUUAGAGUGAAAGAUGAAGAGAGGAUAGAGGCUGUCACAGUGAAAGAGGAGGAGGUAGAAGCUUUCAGAAUGAAAAAGGAGGAAGAGGAUGAUGUUUUAGUGAAAGAAGAGAAAGAACAUUUUAGAGUGAAAGAUGAAGAGGGGAUAGAGGCUGUCACAGUGGAAGAAGAGGAGGAGGUAGAAGCUUUCAGGAUGAAAAAGGAGGAAGAGGAGGCCAUAACAUUGAUAGAAGAAGAGGAGGAUGUUUUGGGAGAGGAAGAGGAGACUGAAGAUCUGAUUAAAACCAGAGAGAGACAAGACUCUCACUCUGACAGCGGUAAGAGUCCUUCAGGGGAACCAGACCCAGUGACACCCAAACCAGCGAGACGACACAACUGCUCCCAAUGUGAAAAGAGAUUUUCCCUAUCAGGGGACCUAAAACAGCAUGAGAGAAAACACACAGGAGAAAAGCCUUUCCAAUGUUCCCAAUGUGGAAAGCUUUUUAACUGGUCAAGGAGCCUGAAGAAGCAUGAGAAGAUACACACAGGGGGAAAGCCUUUCCAAUGUUCCCAGUGUGGAAAGAGUUUUACCUGGUUAGGGAACCUAAAACGGCAUGAGAAGAUACACACGGGGGGAAAGCCUUUCCAAUGUUCCCAGUGUGGAAAGACUUUUACCUGGUUAGGGAACCUAAAACGGCAUGAGAAGAUACACACGGGGGGAAAGCCUUUCCAAUGUUCCCAGUGUGGAAAGAGUUUUACCUGGUUAAGGAACCUAAAACAGCAUGAGAAGAUACACACAGGGGAAAAGCCUUUCCAAUGUUCCCAGUGUGGAAAGAGUUUUACCUGUUUAGGGAAUCUAAAACGGCAUGAGAAGAUACACGCAGGGGAAAAGCCUUUCCAAUGUUCCCAGUGUGGAAAGAGUUUUGGCUUGUUAAGCAGCCUGAAGGAGCAUGAGAGGAUACACACAGGGGAAAAGCCUUUCCAAUGUUCCCAGUGUGGAAAGAGUUUUACCUGGUUAGGGAACCUAAAAGAGCAUGAGAAGAUACACACAGGGGGAAAGCCUUACCAAUACCAAUGGACCAGCCAACCUUCUGAUACAGGAUGCAGUGGAGAGAGACCAGACUCUCACUCUGACAGCGGAAAGAGUCCUGCAGGGGGACCAGACCCAGUAACACCCAAACCAGCAAGACGACACCACUGCUCCUACUGUGGAAAUAGUUUUACCCGAUUACUACACCUGAAAUCACAUGAGAGAAUACAUACAGGAGAAAAGCCCUUCCACUGUUCCCAGUGUGAAAAGAGUUUUAGGUGGUUAACGACUCUGAAACACCAUGAGAGGACACACACACACGAAAAGCUCUACCAAUGCUCCAUGUGUGGAAUGAGUUUUACCAAGUUAGGGGCCCUGAAUGUGCAUGACAGGACACACGCAGUAGGGGAUAAGCCCUACCGCUGCUCCCAGUGUGGACAGAGAUUUAACCGGUUAAGACAUCUGAAUAAGCAUGAAAGAAUACAUACACAGGAGGAGAAGACAUACCACUGCUCUCAUUGUGAGAAGACAUUUUCCCAGUCAGAGGACCUGAAAUCACAUGAGAGAAUAGAGAGACUGUGUUCUGACUUGUGUUUUACCAUGAACUCACUAAACUACUCUCUUCCUGCUAAAGAAGAGCUCGUCGGCUGGACGGAGAAAGAAGCUCUGGGGCUGAACAUUGUCAUGAAAGAAGAAGAGGAGGGGGAUGUUACAGUAAAAGGAGAGGAAGAAGCUUUCAGAAUGAAAGAGGAGGCUAUCAGUAUCACAUUGAAAGAAGAGGAGAAGAACGUUACAGUGAAAGAAGAGAAAGAACCUUUUAGAGUGAAAGAUGAAGAGGGGAUAGAGGCUGUCACAGUGGAAGAAGAGGAGGAGGUAGAAGCUUUCAGAAUGAAAAAGGAGGAAGAGGAGGAUGUUAUAGUGAAAGAAGAGAAAGCCUCCUCUUCCACUCCAAAGGGUUCUAUCUUAAGAAAAGAGGAGGAGGAUGACGUUUUGGAAGAGGAAGAACAGACUGAAGAUCUGAUUAACACCAGAGAGAGACCAGAACCAGUGACACCCAAACCAGCGAGACGACAUCACUGCUCCCACUGUGGAAAGAGUUUUAGUUGGUUAGGGUACCUAAAACGGCAUGAGAGAAAACACACAGGAGAAAAGCCUUUCCAAUGUUCCCACUGUGGAAAGAGAUUUACCUGGUUAGGAAGCCUAAGGGAGCAUAAGAGAAUACACUCUGGAGAGAAACCUUACCACUGUUCCCAAUGUGGAAUGACUUUUGCCUGGUUAGGGAGCCUGAAAACACAUGAGAGGUCACACACAGGGGAAAAACCUUUCCAAUGUUCCCAGUGUGGAAAAAGUUUUACCCAGUUAGGGAGCCUGAAGGAGCAUGAGAAGAUACACACAGGAGAAAAGCCUUUCCAAUGCUCCCAGUGUGGAAAGCGGUUUACCCAGUUAGGGAGCCUGAAGGAGCAUGAGAAGAUACACACAGGGGAAAAGCCUUUCCAAUGCUCCCUUUGUGGAAAGAGUUUUACCCGCUUAGGGAACCUAAAAGAGCAUGAGACAACACACACACAAGAAAAGCCCUACCAAUGCUCCCUGUGCGGAAAGAGUUUUACCAAGUUAGGGUCCCUGAAUAGGCAUGACAGGACACACACAGGAGGGGAUAAGACGUACCACUGCUCCCUGUGUGGAAAGACAUUUAACCGAUUAAGACAUCUGAAUAAGCAUGAAAUAAUACAUACACAGGAGGAGAAGACUUACCACUGCUCUCAUUGUGGAAAGACAUUUUCCCAGUCAGAGGACCUGAAAUCACAUGAGAGAAUAGAGAGGCUGUGUUCUGACUUAUGUUUUUGACUGAGAAUGUGUGUUUUUGUUCUUGCCAAAUGAAAUCAUAUUGUUUAUAUGAAAUCAUUAAAAAUAUGCUAACUUUAAAAAAAAUGUUAACUGGAGACCUGAUCAUGUCUAAAAUCAUAUUAAAUACUACACAAUUUGUAUUUUGUUUUGAUUAUGAACUUUAAUGGAUACAACUAUAAACCCUCUAUUGUUCAUUAUAAUUUGGGGAUAUUAUUAUAUAGAUGAAUGGAGUUUUGGAUUUCUUGAUUUUAACGUUUAUCCUCUUAAAUUUGAUAUGAUCUGGCUUUUCACUAAAUUAAUUUGAUUGAAUACACGAUUUAGAUAUUGCACCAUGUAAAUUAUUAAAUAGAUUAAUAGAAUAUGCAUUUCUUUAUUUUGAACAUUGAAACCUCUUGAAUUUAGUCGUUUUUGUUGCAUUUAGUUAAUUUGUUUACUAGUCAUCAAGCUAAAGGACUAUGACAAUGUGAUGACGUUUUUAUAACAACAUUGAUAAGUUGUUAACAUGAAAAACAUGUGUUCCCAUCAAUGUUAUUCCACUAUGUAGAAGCAGUAUAGAGCUAGUUGUUUAUUUUGAUAUUAUCUGUUUGUUUGACGGAAUGAAUCAGAAUUUGCAUUGAAUACAGAUGUGUAGUAGAUGUAAAGUUUAUUUUAAAUUCUCACUAAUCAAAAGUUAAUUGAUCAACCAAAGCUUCUCUAUGUAAGUCUCAAUAUAAUAUUAAACUUUUGAAAGAAAUGAAAAAUAAA